AUGGCCAAGGCCCCAAAUCAUGGAGCCCACCAAGACGACUCCCACCUCCCUGGCGCCGUCGCUGCCCACAGCCCAAGCGAAGAGGACAGAGGUCUGCUCGCCGACGACCCCCUCGCGUCGCACCACCUCGAAACCGGCGCCAACAGCAGCGACGAGGGGUACUUCGUGACGACGACGAAGCAGUACGCCACGGCCCUCCGAUCCCCCGGCACCCCCCGGACCCCGAACCGCGUCCGCUUCAACCCCAUCCCCUCCAUCGUCGAGCCUCCGCCGCCUCGCGCCUCCAUGACCAACAGCAACGGCGGCUCCUCGGCCCGCGCCAGCCGCGACAGCUUCGAUGUCGACGACGACCUCUUCCACCACGCCCCCGGCGCCGACGACCACGACGACCACCACCGCCUACCCCUCCUCACCGACAUUGAGGCCCCCUCCGUCACCCUCGCCAACAGCCCCUGGGGCGAGGAUGCCGACGACGUACACGAGUGGGCCGAGCAGGAGCGCGCCCGGCCCAAGUCGGGCUUGAAGAUGGCCUUCAUGAACAUGGCCAACUCCAUCAUCGGCGCCGGCAUCAUCGGCCAGCCCUACGCCUUCAAGCAGGCCGGGCUACUGGCCGGCAUCAUCCUCCUCGUCGGCCUCACGGUCGUGGUCGACUGGACCAUCUGCCUCAUCGUCAUCAACAGUAAAUUGUCGGGGAGCAACAGCUUCCAGGGGACGGUCGAGCACUGCUUCGGCAGGACUGGACUCAUCGCCAUCUCGGUCGCGCAGUGGGCUUUCGCCUUUGGUGGCAUGGUUGCCUUUGGCGUCAUUGUCGGCGAUUCAAUACCUCACGUCUUCACGGCGAUCUGGCCCGAUAUUAGAGAAAUGCCAGUGUUUCACCUGUUGGCGAACCGGCAAGUUGUCAUUGUAGUUUUCGUGCUGGGAAUCAGCUACCCGUUGACCCUAUACCGCGACAUUGCAAAGCUAGCUAAAGCAAGCACACUAGCCCUCAUAAGCAUGGGCGUCAUCGUAGCGACUGUCAUUAUUCAGGGAGCUCUCGCUCCUAAAGCCGAGCGGGGUUCCUUCACACCCGCCCUCCUGACUGUGAACACUGGCAUAUUUGAAGCCAUUGGCGUGAUUUCUUUCGCGUUCGUGUGCCACCAUAACUCCCUCCUCAUCUACGGCUCCCUCAAGACCCCCACCAUAGACCGCUUCUCCCGCGUGACGCACUUCUCGACCGGCAUCUCCAUGGUCGCCUGCCUCCUCGUCGCCCUCGCUGGCUUCGUCACCUUUGGCGACAAGACCCUCGGCAACGUCCUCAACAACUUCCCCUCGGACAAUGUCAUGGUCACCAUCGCCCGCCUCUGCUUCGGCCUCAAUAUGCUCACCACCUUGCCUCUCGAGGCCUUUGUCUGCCGCGAGGUCAUGUUCAACUAUUUUUUCCCGGGCGAGCCCUUUAACAUGCACCUCCACCUCAUCUUCAGCUCCGCCCUUGUCGUCUCCGCCAUGAUCAUGAGCCUGCUCACCUGCGAUGUCGGUGCCGUCUUUGAGCUCGUCGGCGCUACGUCCGCCUGCGCCAUAGCGUAUAUCCUCCCGCCGCUGUGCUACAUCAAGCUCACCACCCGCUCGUGGAAGACGUACGUCGCCGCCGCCAUUAUUGUCUUUGGCAGCGUCGUCAUGGUGAUUAGUCUGAUACAAGCAGUUGCGAAAAUGAUUAGUAACGAUGGCGGACCUGCAAAGUGCAUGUAA